CUGUAUCUUUGCAGACCUCAGGAAAACACUCAGCCUUCAUCACCACAAACACAAUGGCAGAUGCAAGCUUUAAGCAGGAGUUCCUGGAAACCCACAACGCCUACAGGGCAAAGCACGGUGCGCAGCCGUUGACCUAUAAUAGUGAGCUGAACGCUGCAGCUCAGAAGUGGGCUGAUCACCUGCUUCAAAUGGGCUCCCUGGGACACAGUAACACGAAGGACGGAGAGAACGUCUAUAAUAUGUGGAGCUCUGCACCCCUUAAACUGACAGGAAAAGAAGCUGUUGAGUCAUGGUACAAUGAGAUCAAGGAUUACAACUGGGGCAGGCCUGGAUUCAGUGGCAGUACUGGUCAUUUUACUCAGGUAGUGUGGAAAGAAAGCACUGAACUGGGUGUGGGCCUGGCCACUGAUGGCAACAAAGUCUUUGUGGUUGGGCAGUACCGGCCAGCUGGUAACAUGAACAUGCCGGGAUACUUUGAGAAAAACGUCCUCCCACAAGCAUAAAGGUUGUGCAAUUUACAGCUGGAAGAGAGGCUGGUGGAACAGACAACACCUCCAAUGAGACAGCUGGAGUGAGCCCAAGAAAAAUCUGCACGCUGCUGUAGAAGACCUGGACCAUUCCUGCAACCAUCAAACCCACAUUACUAAAUAAAUAUUCCAUGCUGUAAAUAAGUUUUUUUUUAAAAAAAACAUCAAAUAAAAUACAUUCUAUUUCUUAA